AUGGUUCAUAGUAUUUCGUCUAGUGCUGAAUUUAAAGCGAAAAUUAGUGUUAAUUCUUUAACAGUUGUCGAUUUUUUUGCAACUUGGUGUGGUCCUUGCAGAGCAAUCGCUCCUAAAAUUGAAGAAUUAUCAGAAAAAUAUACUGGAAUUCUUUUUUUAAAAGUAGAUGUGGAUCAACAUAAUGAUCUUGCUUCUGAAUACAAUAUUACUGCAAUGCCUACAUUUCUUUUUUUUAAAGGAGGAAUAAAAAUUGCGGAAGUUGUAGGUGCAUCGUCCAGCAAAGUAGAAGAAACUAUUAAAGCUUAUUUAUGA